GUAUUAAAUUUAUUGUAUUUAUUGUAUAUAUACAUACCAAUGCAAUGUUAGAAUCACUGUUACGCUACUGAUCAGUCCGCAUUUGCACUAUCCCACAAAAUUGUAAAUUUAAUAACCUACAGUCAUAAAAGUUUCAAAGUGGUGUUUAUUGCUAAAUUAACACGUGGUUUUAAAGAUAAAUAUUUUAUUUUGAAAAUUGUAGCUCUGCAGUAUUUUAUAUAAUGGAAAAUAGAAAAAAAUCUGAUAUUGAGUGGAUUGAUAGACGUAUUAAUAGAGGAAAAACUAAAACAGGAUUGACUCAUGAAUGUGGUGUUUUUGGAGCUAUAGGCAAUGAAAAUUCGAGUUGGGUCUCCAGUUCAGAAAUAGCCCAAUUUAUUUGCAUUGGCUUGGAAGCCUUGCAACACCGAGGUCAAGAAUCAACAGGUAUUGUUACUAGUGAAGGGACCAAUGAUUACCACAUUCAUAAAGGAAUGGGUUUAGUUAAACACGUUUUUAGUAAUGAGAGUAUUUCUAAGUUAUCAGGUUUUUUGGGAAUUGGACAUACCAGAUAUUCCACAAGUGCUAAAUCAGAACAAGUAAAUUGUCAACCAUUUGUGGUACAUUCAAUGCAUGGAGCUUUAGCUGUGGCUCACAAUGGAGAAUUAGUAAAUGCAGCAGUAUUAAGAAAACAGGUAUUAGACAGAGGCGUAGGCCUGUCAACACAUUCAGAUAGUGAACUUAUUACACAAGCUUUAUGUUUGAUUCCUCCAGAUGGUGAAGUAAAUGGUCCAGACUGGCCAGCUCGAAUCAGACAUUUAAUGCAAUUGGCGCCAUUAAGUUUCUCCCUAUGUAUAAUGCUGAAAGACAGAAUUUAUGCUGUUCGAGAUUCAUAUGGAAACAGACCUCUAUGCUUAGGUGUUAUUUUGGCUCCAAAUCAAGAAUUGAUCCACGGGGAAUUGGAAGGAAUUCAGCCAGAAGGUUGGGUGGUAUCUUCAGAAUCCUGUGCCUUUAUGUCUGUUACCCAAUUUUUACGUGAAGUUCAACCUGGAGAAAUAGUAGAAAUGACUCGUAAAGGUAUAAAAACCAUCGACAUUGUUCCUCCACCAGAAGGAAAGUUACCCGCAUUUUGUAUAUUUGAAUAUGUUUAUUUUGCUAGACCAAAUAGUAUCUUUGAAGGACAAGAAGUUUAUACAGUACGUGUACAUUGUGGAAUGCAAUUAGCUUUGGAGCAUCCCGUGGAGGCUGAUAUGGUCGGAUCUGUACCAGAAUCUGGCAAUGCAGCAGCUUUUGGAUUCUCUAGGCAGUCAAAAAUACCACUGAGAGAAUUACUUACCAAAAAUACCUACGUUGGCAGGACUUUUAUUCAACCAAACAACCGUUUACGACAAUUAAACGUAUCUUUAAAAUUUAGUCCUAUAUUAGGAAACGUGAAAGGAAAAAGAAUUAUUCUCAUUGAUGAUUCAAUUGUUAGAGGUAAUACAGUGGGACCAAUAAUAAAACUGUUACGUAGGGCAGGUGCUAAAGAGGUACACAUAAGGGUUGCCAGCCCUCCUCUAAAAUAUCCUUGUUAUAUGGGUAUUAACAUUCCUACAAGAGAAGAGUUAAUAAUGAACAAAUUGAAAGAUACAAAAGAAUUUGCUAAAAAAGUUGAUGCUGAUAGUAUUGAAUACUUGAGCGUUGAAGGACUGGUAAAAGCUGUACGUAGAGAAUUACAACCACUAGGAAGAAAAGUAGGACAUUGCACAGCAUGUCUUACAGGAGAUUAUCCAGGAGGACUACCUGAAGAAUUGAACUGGUGAUAAAUAAUACAAGCUGUUUGAAUUUAAACCAGUUCAAUUCAAAUUUGGAAUCAAAAUUUAUACAAAAUAAUUGAAUCAAGAAAUUUAUAUUUAGUAAAGAAUAGAUUGGAGUUUCUGAAAGCACUAAAAUUAUAGAAAUAACAUGAGAUAUGGAAGUACAUAAAAAAAUACUUCUAAAGACCAAUAAUUAGAUAACAGACUUGAAUAUAUAAGGCUAGGAUCAAAAAUGACUAUUCAGAAACUUGAAUCAAAAUUUGUUAAAUUAUCAAAGAAUGUGAGAAUUAAAAUAGGUUAAUAUUAGAUUCGUCGAGUAUCUUCUUUUGGUUAUUCAUUUCUCAUGUAACAAAUGCUAUUGGCAGACAUUGAUCAUGUCUAAAUUGGAUAUGAGAGUAUCAUGUUGAAUCUCAUGUUUUUGUGCAAAAAGACAUCUUUAAGUAUUAUUUCAACUAAAUUGAAUACGCUUUAAUAAUAGUUCCUUUUUAUAGUAACUAACAACACUGUAUGCUUGAAUGGAUGUAGUACAUAGAAAUUGAUCAAAUAUUUUUCAAUCUAUCCAAUACUUGGGUGGAACAGUUAGUGUGUUAUUGAAUUAUUUAUUUUCAUCAUUUUUAACGAACUACUAUCUUACUGCAGUCAGUGUUAAGUGCGAAUUAUCAGUAUUGAUAUUUUAAUAAUAUAAUUUUUAUUUAGUACACUUUACGUAGAAAAAGUGUUACAAACUAUCAUUGACAAAUUAUGGUUCAAAGAAAGCAAGUUUUUUCGUUAAAUCGUUUAGUUGGUAUUAUUUCUAUUAUUGAUUAGUUUUAUCUGUUUUCCAACGACAGAAGAAAUGGUUAUUAAAAGAACCUCACGAAUUUGAUAACGUCUAACUAUAAAUUGGAAUAUUUGCAGACAUCAUGAUUUGCAAUAAAAAAUAUCGUAGAAUUGAGUCGCUAACCACGUUAACUCUGUUUUCUUCUAGAUAUAGAUCUGUUUGAUACCAUUAUUUAGAUAAUUUUUGAACGCAUCUAACAGAAAAAUUUGAUUCAUAUAAAUCACUUAUAAUUUAAAAGUCUAAAUAGAAAACCAAGGAUAUUCAGACCGCCAUUUUUAAAGGCUCACCGCACUCCGUGUUAAUUUACUCGAACUGUUGAACUAUUGUUGAAUUAUUUUUUUCGAAAUUUGAUCUCAUUAAAUUUUUUCUAUCGUUAAGUUUUUUAGGUCAACUGUAAAAUUUGGUUCUAUGGAGUUAUGAGGUUUGCGACUUAACCGACGAUUUAUGAAAUAUUUUUCGACAAAAACAUUUUUUCGUUGUUGAACUUAUCUAAUUUCAUUCUCCUAAACCAAUUCUUUCCAUAUUUUUAAUUUAUAUAUAGAUAACACCUAACCUUAAAAUGAUUAUUUUUCCAAGACAAUACUCAACCUUAAAAUGGCUAUUUUCAAUAAAAUCCUAUAAUGGCAAUUGUGAAUAAAUAGUGCAUUUGUUCUUAUAGUCUUUAUAAACAGAUUUCAGUUAGAAUCAGCUUUUGGUUUAGAAGUUUUGAUUCAAUUUUGCUUUUCUAUAUUUGUUGUCUUCGAUAGUUUGUGGAAAAGACAUAUUAAUGCAUACUUAAUUAGAUUAAGUUUAUAAAAAAAUGCAGAAGUUAAUCUCAGUGAAAAAUAGUUAAAAUAAUGAUUUAUAUUUAUUUUUGAAGGUCUGUGACUUUCAAAGUUAUAGUAUAUCAAUUUUGUAUGUACAGUACAAAAUGUGCACUUAGUACUCAAAUUGUAAAGCCUUUUAUUGUCAGUUAAUUUCAAUAUUAAAAUAUUCUUUAGAAAAGGUUUUUUCGAACUUUAUUGUCAAGAAUGUAGGUUAAGGUCAAUUAUUCAUAUUGAUCGACUUAUUCUUAGUAAAUUUUUACAUAUAUAGAAUAUUUUUAUUUGAUUUUUGAGAAAUGUAAAAUUAUAGAAGAAAAAUAAAACUUACAAAAAUACAUUUAUA